AACAGGUCGUGUUGUUGUUGGUAAUUUGAUAAGCCGGCGUAAACAGCAGCCUGUAUUAUUAUUUUCCGUCACUAAGUAUGAUAAAAAGGUGUUCGCGAUAAAUUAGGUCAGUACAUAAGUAGUCAUGGCGGGAAUGCUGUGGGCUCUGCUAAUUUUGCAAUUGUUUUUUAACGCUGAAGGGUUCUUUCAUCGUUAUCCGGAGUUAAAUCUUGGUGAGCGCGAUGGAGGAGACGCUGGAACUCCAUUAUUCCUUACGGAGUACAUCGAGAGUGGAAAGAUUGAAGAAGGCAGGCGUCUCGCACGUGUACCUUUUACGGAGAGCCUGCGCAUCAAAAGCUACGCUGGAUAUUUCACCGUGAACAAGACUUACAAUUCUAACCAAUUCUUUUGGUACUUCCCUGCUAUGGUACCUGAUAACAAGCACGCACCGGUGAUUGUGUGGCUGCAGGGAGGUCCAGGUGCGACCUCUUUAUAUGGAUUAUUCACAGAGAAUGGCCCCCUUAGAGUGCGAAAUGAUAAGUUCGAACGAAGGAAGUAUAAUUGGGCUCUAAGUCACCACGUUAUAUAUAUUGAUAACCCAGUUGGUACAGGCUUCAGUUUUACUAAUGAUAGUAGGGGCUAUUGCACUGACCAGACGCAGGUUGGCGAGCAGUUAUAUUCUACAUUGACUCAGUUCUUUCAACUUUUCCCUGAAUUACAGCAAAACAAGUUCUUUGUGACUGGGGAGUCCUAUGGUGGGAAGUAUGUGCCUGCCCUGGCGUACACAAUACAUAAGAAGAAUCCAUCUGCCAAGGUGAAAAUUAACAUGAAAGGAAUUGCAAUUGGUAAUGGACUCAGUGACCCAGAGCACCAACUAGUGUAUGGAAAGUACUUGUAUCAGAUAGGUCUCAUAGACUGGAAUCAGGCUAAAGUAUUUGAAGCUUAUGAAAACAAAACUAAAAAGUACAUCCAGCAAGGAAAAUGGGAUGAAGCCUUUGCCACAUUUGAUUCACUGCUAAAUGGAGACAUGAUAAAAGGAGGCAGCAUCUUCACCAACAUGACAGGGUUCAACUUCUACUUUAACUUCUUGCACACAAAGGACUACACUCAGUACGAGGACUUUGGUCCCAUGUUACAGAAGUCUGCAGUGCGUAAAAUGAUUCAUGUUGGUGACCAACCUUUCCAUAAUGGAUCAGUAGUUGAACAGCAUCUCAAACAAGAUGUUAUGAAAUCUGUGGCUCCAUGGAUAUCCGAGCUUCUGGAUCAUUACUAUGUAGUCAUAUACAAUGGUCAGUUAGACAUCAUAGUUGCAUAUCCUUUAACUAUAAACUACUUAAGAAACUUGAAGUUCUCUGGUGCUGAAGAAUACAAAACUGCAAAACGAUAUGUAUGGAAGGUGGAUGGCGAAGUCGCUGGCUAUGUCAAACAGGCUGGCAAGCUAGUGGAAAUCAUGGUCAGGAAUGCUGGUCACAUGGUGCCUGGAGACCAGCCAAAAUGGGCUCUAGACCUUAUCACCAGAUUCACACAUGAAAAAACUUUUGACCAUGGACCUAAGAGUUCAUUAUUUCUAGGAACAAAUUGAAGGAGGCUAAAAUCAUGCUCAAUAAUCAAAUAGAUUGUUUUUUUUUUUUUACUUUUAUAUACCUUUUUUCUGUAACUUUUGGGUUGAGUAACUUAGAAGGGAGUAAGAAAUAUAUACAAUCAACAAUUUCGUUUCAGUGCAAUAGAUGUAAGUACCUAUGCCCCCUAGAACACCAUCCUGUUUAGAAUGUUGUUGUAACAAAGUUUUUUUUUGUACCAUGUACCUACAAGAGCCUGUAUUGCAUAAUAAAUAAUUGUUCCUUAGAAGAGUGACCUCAUAAAAUAUCAAGAAUUAUUGUUACCUGUUUGUUGAUGUAUAAAUAAAGUUGCUUGAAUAUUA